AUGGUACUUUACACUAUGACAGACUCAGUCUGGUGUAAGGCUUUCCCGCCGACCCUGGAGGGGCUGGCAGCGGAGUGGUAUGGAGCCAUUCCCAAAUGUUCCGUAUACUCGUUCAGCCAGUUGAAGAGAAUGUUCAUGGAGCAUUUCAUAACCCUGGUAGACCGAACCAAGAUGACAACCGAGCUGAUGUCGUUGGUUCAAGGGAAAGACGAGCCCUUGAGGGAGUUCAUCACCAGAUUCAACAAGGAGGCAACAACCAUCCCAAAUAUGAGCCAGGAGGUAGCGCUACUAGCAAUGCAGAGUGGCUUACUGCCGGGAUCACCGUUCAGAGCAUAUAUGGGGCGUAAGAGCCUCAAAACACUUGCUGAAGCGCUGGGCAAAGCUCACGAGUUCAUCAAAGCAGACGAGACUGACAAAGCAAUGCUGGGUAAGAAAGCACCUAGUGACUCAGUUAAGCGGGCAGAGGUCACCCAGGCAGAGAAUACGCCCAGGGUGGACCAUCCGAGCAGGGCUGAGCAAAACCGCAGAGAAGCGGACAGAGCAGUAGGACUGAGAAGGUCAGACCUAAAGAGAGGGCCAAGGCCUGGGAGGUUUUACCAAUAUACCCCGUUAACCCAUUCUUGGUCUCAUAUAUUUAGCGUGAACAAAGCUAAGGACAAGUGGCAGAGACCCCCGAGGAUGGUUAACAGAAACCGUGAUACCAGCAAAUGGUGUGACUUCCAUAGGGACAAUGGUCACACCACUGAUGAAUGCACACAUUUGAAGGACAACAUAGAAGACUUGGUCAGGAGAGGGUACUUGAAUCAGUUUAAGCAGCGCGAUGACCCUCCUAGAAGGAGGGAUGAGGAUAGAGCGGGCCGUCCUGACCGCAUAAGAGGUCAUAGAGGACCAGCUGGAUACAGAGACAUAGAUGGCAAGCCAGAAGGCAGGGUGUAUGUGAUCAGCGGGGGCCCAGUACAUGGGGAAACAGUCAACAGAGCGCGGACUGACCUGCGGGCGAUGAUACAUCAAAUAAACGACAAUGAUAAGCGUAGAUGGCCACCUCUUACCCCGCAACCGCAGGCCACGUUUGAUGAGUAUGACCAGAAGGGCAUAAUUUACCCCCUUGAUGACCCGCUGGUGGUGACAAUGAGAAUCGUAAACUGGGAGGUGGAUAGAAUACUAAUAGACGGGGGCAGCUUAGUGAUCGCGGGUUAA